GAGAGCCUGGAGUCUCGAGGUGUGUUGGGUCAGCUGAAGGCUCGGAUCAGAGCUGAGGUGUUCAAUGCGCUCGACGAUCAGAGCGAGCCGCGUCCUGUGCUGUCGCACGACAACCUUCUAAUCAACGAGCUCAUCCGCGAGUACCUGGAAUUCAACAAGUAUCGAUACACAGCGUCUGUGUUGACAGCAGAAUCAGGUCAACCUGAGGUACCACUUGACAGACAGUUCAUGGCGAAUGAGCUGAAAGUGGUGGAGGACCCCAGUUCCAGAUCUGUGCCUCUACUGUACGGAUUGCUAUCCCACUUCCUAAGCAGCAGUGGAGACAGUGGAGGGAAGCUGUUUCUCAGGGGCUCAGCACCUGCUAAUAUGACCAGAGACCCUAACACACUCCCUGGUCCUGAGUCUUAACACAGGUGUGUCCUGUCUGUCACUCCAGAUUUCACUGGGACUGGGGGUGUUGAGCGACUUUUAUUUUAUUUUUUAUUUUUUUGCAGUUGAUGUCAAGAAAGCCUUAGUAGUGUGUGUUAAUGUUGCCAAAACAGAUUAAAAUCAACAGGUCUGCAUUUGAUUUCAUUUGGCCAAUUGUUUGUUCCCUGAGACUCUGUAAAUGUAGUCUGUUCUUCACUACUGCUAUGUCUGCAUAGCUGUACAUACUGUAGUAAGUGUUUUAUGUGCCAAUUGCUCAUGAAAAUGUAUCUCAAAUAAACAUUUGUUUUAAUACA